UUUUUCACUCCGUUUUUUCGCAGCAAAUAAUAUCAAAUUAACUAAGUUUGCAAGUCGCGCGUUGUAGUUUUUGUGUUGCCCGAGUGAUUAACUAGUGGUCAGUGCUAAAACAUAUAUCAUAGAAGUCAAAGAACACCAUCAACAGGCUGCAGCCAAAGAAAAAAAAAACGGGUGAUCCAUGUCAGGUGUGUGUGUGUGCAAGUGAAACAGAUGCAUAUAUAUUCAACAAGUCCCGGUGGCCACGGUGAAUUCACUAUUUCAACACUGACGAGCAGCGAGGGCAGUCGCUGUUUUUUCACUCCGUUUUUUCGCAAGAAAAAAUAUCAAAUUAACUAAAUUUGCAAGUCGCGAGUGGUAGUUUUUGUGUUGCCCGAGUGAUUAACUAGUGGGCAGUACUGAAACAUGUGUCAUAGAAGUCAAAGAACGCCAUCAACAGGCUGCAGCCAAUGCAAAAAAAAAAAUGCAACAAGAAAAAAAGCGGGUGCUCGAAGUUACCAUUUGCGGUCGGUCGAACGAAAACGGUGCGGAAAGCGGAAAAACAAUCGGGAAAAAUCGACGUCGGCGGUGAUAUUCUCGGAUGACCGGAUCGGAAUCGGAUCUUGGUGUGAAAAUCUGUAUAUAAAGCCGGGAAAAUCUACGCCCGAGCUGCGUAGCCAAAGGAGCCGUUCGGUUUUGUGUGUGUGUGCGACUGAAACGGAUACAUAUGUGCCGCGAGCUUUUUUUUGUUUUUGUUUUUUUUUUUGUGUGCAAGUGAAACAGGUACACAUGUAUUCCGAUAAAUGAAAGUUAUUCAACAAGUCCCGGUAACCGCUCUCAAAGCUCAAAGCUCUUUCGCUUGGAACUCUUGCAGUACAGAAGAGGAGUUGGAACUGGCGCCGCAGGAUACGCAAUCCGCAGUCCGCAAUCCGCAAUCCCCGCGCCAAAUGAGCUGGAAGUGUCCAAAUGGAUGGGGGCCAUUGAGGAGGAAACAACGCUGGCAAAUAAGCCAAAUUAACGAGAUACCGGUUAUAAGGAGGCAGGAGGCACAGCAGGAAUGUCCUGAAAUAAAAAGCGAAGAAAAGAGAGCCAUUCAAAUCGAUCCAAAUAAUCGGCAAAAUCAAAUCGAAUAAUCGCGAGUUUCGUAUUCCCGUUUCUCGGUUUCAGUUUCGCGAGUGCUUACACUUCCGUUUCCGUCGUGUGUGUGUGCGUGCGCGCGUGUGUGUGUGUUCUGA